GAGAAUUUCACGAUCACACUUCCCGGAAACCUUACAUCGGAUACUAUGGCUUCUCUGGGCGGCGCUCCAUCUUUUCAAAACGUCGACCUGCUACAUAAUCACUUGAAAUCGAAAGAUUUCCAGAUCAUAAGAAUAACUGGAUCCGCCGCAAGAAGGGUAAGAAUCGAAGAUGGCCAUUCAGAUCUCCAGACACAAAGGCUUUGGAGGAUUCCUAUGUCUUCAACCAUUCUCGUAUGGUCACCUUGGGUUGUAAGGAGCAAGCCAUAGCCACAAUAUCUAGCCGCAACCAUAGAUUUACAUUCCGAACCCAAAAUGAGGUAUUUGAGCUAUUCCACUCAUUUUAUAAUAAAAACUUCUGCAUAACUGAGUGUGGAUAUAGAAGAUAUGAUCUCUGGUUUGAUUUGGAUACAUUAAGAUGGAUUUUGGAAUCUCUUCCAAGGAUUUCUAUAAAUAGAGCUUGGGCUCUCUUUUCGUUUGGGGAUAACCGUACCAUUGAGUUAGCUGCUGGUUCAAAUAGAAGGGGUGACUUUGUUAAAAUCCAAGAGAAAAGAAAAGAGGGGAAGAGAUACAUCCUAAUCCCUACUGGACCUAAGAAUGAUGAUUUGGCUCUGUUCUUCAAGGCAGUUUCUUCUUUCGUUGAUAAGGUCACCAAGGCCUCUACUUCAAAGCCUCUUGAGAUUGCCCCUGCCACCACUCCAAUUGCUCAAAUAUCUGUAAAACCUCCGAAUUUACCUCUAGCAGAGACAGUUGAGCACCAUCUACUGAUUCCUCCCCAGUUGGCUACAUUGGGAAGUGUAACACCUGGACUAUGUUUAGACCAAUAUCACUCAGGAAGUGCAGAGUUCAAAGGAGAGAUUGAGGUUGAUAAUGGUGUUACCAAAGACACUUCUUCUCUUGAAUGUGAAAGCCUUUUGGCUGCCACCAAGGAGGUAGCUGUCCUUAUCCCUUCCCUCUUCCCUCCUCUGUCUUGCAGUACCAUGUCCCCUUUUGCUCCACCGUUCAUACCUGUGACGAAAAAUUCCUUUGCAGCACUUUUAUCUCAAGGACCAGGAAGCGAGAACAAAGUCAUUGAGCAUCAGGACCCUUUUUCAAAGAUCCACGACAAGAGCCUAGUACAUAGCUUGAAUGCAGUGGAGGACUUUAUUGAAGAUAGGGAUGGACCUAUACUUUAUACCCACUCAGACGGAGAGGAUAUAGCAUUCAUAGACUCUAAGCUUAAGCCUCUGCAAAUAGACUUCUCAAGAUGUUCCAAACAACACUUAAACCUACGCAAGGAACUUAGGGGCACCAGAACAAUUUCACCUUCUCAAAUAGUUACUCGAAGCAAGGCAAAAAUUCUGGAAGAAGGCAGGAAAAUAGCUCCACUUUUAUGGGAGGAGGAUGAGUCCCAAGAUUCGUUUGAAGAAGAGGUUAUCAAAUGCUUUCGACUUUGCUGUCCAAACAAGAAAGAGGAGUAUUCCAAGAAAGCCAACAAACCUUUGACAAAAAGUCAAAAGAAGAAAGCUAAGAAAAGGCUAAAAAAGAGUUUGGCAACUGAUAAUGAAGAUGAAGAGGAUGAUUUUCAACAUUGAUCAUAUGCUGUUUUGGAGCAGCAAUUUUAGUGUUUCUAUUUUGGAUAUCAGUGUCAUGCAACCUCAUUCAAAAUUUGAUUAAGCCUUCACCAAAUCAAGAACAACCAAGGCCUGAGAACUUUUGUAUAUUUCUUUUGUUCACCCUCAGGGCAAGGGUAUUCGAGGGAAUGGUUGCAGCUAUUGAGACAGUGUAGUCAUUUAGUUAGACAUCAGGUUAAAAGAUGGUUUACUGGUCCUUUUGGACAGUGCCUUAGAGAUUGAAGUUUAGCAACUCUGAUUGUCUGGAAUUCCUUUCAUGUGCUGUUUUGUUCCCCCUCACGGGCAUCUAGAGUAGCAAUUAGUUACGUGGAGAUGAACAGAGAAAGCAAUUUUCAAUGAAGAUCGAGAGCAGACUGAAUCAGCUCCAUUGGCAAUGUAUGUGAACCCAAAGUUGGGAUGAAAAGCAACGCCAAACGCCUCCAAGCAUCUGGGUGAGACAUACGCUCGAGGGAUGGGUGGUAGGACUGGUGGCUAAGGUUCUCUGCGUGGAUUCCAUCGCUGCCUCCUCGAUUCCUUCAUACCGGUUCCCAUUUACUAGUACAUGUGGCCAACGGAGAUUUCCAAUAGACAACUUCUCUUCACAUCACAACUUGAAAUAUGCAGGACUAUGUUUGGGAUUCAUAUUUGAUCAGUUUAUUUGGACUAUGGUUGGGUCUUUUGUUUGGACGGGAGCUGCACGAAGGGAAGAAUCUGGCCAUUUAUGUGGAAAGGGACAUGUUGAAUAAGGUCACUAUUACAGCUAGGACAUAAAUUGUUUGAAAUUGAAGAAUCUAGACAUUUUUAUGGUAAGGGUCAUGCUGCCGCUGGCCACAUCUUGCU